AGAAGUUAACUUCUGUAAGGACGAGCUGCGUGGGAAAGGUGAUGCUGGCAGCUGCCUUUGCAGACGCCAACUCCAGCACCAUGAACAUGUCUGCUCAUCUCCACUUUGCCGGAGGGUACCUGCCCUCUGACUCAAAGGACUGGAGGACCAUCGUCCCAGCUCUCUUGGUGGCCGUGUGCCUGGUGGGCUUCACGGGGAACGUUUGCGUGAUCAGCGUUCUCCUUCACAGCGCUUGGAAAGGAAAGCCGUCCAUGAUCCACUCCCUGAUUCUGAAUCUCAGCCUGGCCGACCUCUCCCUCCUGCUGUUUUCGGCACCUGUCCGAGCUACAGCAUACUUCAAAAGUGUGUGGGACCUUGGCUGGUUUGUCUGCAAGUCCUCGGACUGGUUCGUCCACACGUGCAUGGCAGCCAAGAGCCUGACGAUCGUUGCAGUGGCCAAAGUGUGCUUCAUGUAUGCAAGCGCCCCAGCCAAGCCAGUAAGUAUGCACAACUGCACCAUCUGGUCGGUGCUCGUGGCCAUCUGGGCUGUGGCUAGCCUGCUGCCCCUGCCUGAGUGGUUCUUCAGCACCACCAGGCUUCAUGAGGGUGUGGAAAUGUGCCUCAUGGAUGUACCGCCUGUGGCCGAAGAGCUCAUGGCCAUGUUUGGGAAGCUCUACCCUCUCCUGGCAUUUUGCCUUCCAUCACUCUUUGCCAGUUUUUAUUUCUGGAGAGCUUAUGGCCAGUGUAGAAAACGAGGAACCAAGACUCAAAAUCUCAGAAACCAGAUGCGCUCCAAGCAACUCACAGUGAUGCUGCUGAGCAUCGCUGUCACCUCCGCGGUCCUCUGGCUCCCUGAAUGGGUAGCCUGGCUGUGGGUAUGGCACGUGAAGGCCAGAGGCCCGGCGCCGCCACAGGGUUUUAUAGCCCUGUCUCAAGUCCUCGUGUUUUCCACCUCUUCGGCAAAUCCUCUCAUUUUUCUAGUGAUGUCAGAGGAGUUCAAGGAAGAUUUGAAAGGCUUAUGGAAAUGGAUGAUAACCAAAAAGCAACCAACUGCCUCAGAGUCUCAGAAAACACCAGCUGGCCACUCAGAGGCCCCUCCCGACGAUGUUCCAGCUCCCGAGUUCCCAACAUCCAUACCAGAGAAGGAGAAAACUGGCUCUCCCUCCUCGGGCAUAGAGAAGAGCGAGAAGGCACAGAUGCCCAUCCUCCCUGAUGUAGAGCAGUUUUGGCAUGAGAGGGACACAGUCCCUUGUGUACAAGACAAUGACCCUGUCCCCUGGGAACACGAAGAUCAGGAGACAGGAGACUGUGACAAAUAGGUUAAGUUUCAAAGCAAAACAAAUUGUGAUUAUCGUAUUGACUUUUACUGCUGCUUGCCAACACCACAGCCUUGACCAUAUAUAACCCAGUAAAAUUACUAACGUUAGGAAUUACAAAAAUGCUUCACAGUAUCCAUUUUUGAAACAUGCAAUUUGGUAAGUAGAACACCAUGGUAGGGGCAAUGAUUGUGUUUCAGAAUUGUAUCUUGGCUAUCCGGAGUUAAGCUGAGUGUUGUGUAGAGAUGUUUCCAGCACACACAACUAGAAAUUCCAGCUAUUUUGUCCCUUGUUCACAACUGUGGUUUUAUUGGGGGCUCCUCGGGACCAUCCUACACUGGCCGGAGCAGAGCCCAUCUUUGCCAAAAGCUGAACUCCUUUCCUUUUACUUUCUUCCUGAGCCUGCUAGCCUUAAUGUUGCUUACCAAACUUUAUUUCAUAUAACCAAAGCUCAAAGUCUACUUCCACUUAAGAGAUUUUAAACACGUUAAUGAAUGUUAAGGAGUGAACUUCACUUACUUAAUCCAUAUCGAAUUUCCAUGACUGGAGUUGACAGAAUAAGGAUCACCACUUUACUGUGGACUGACUUCAAACCCAAGUUUAAGUAAAUUCACACUUCACCUUAUCCUCAAUAAUGUGUUUCACUUGUCUUUGUAAAGCUACUUCUGUCUUCAGUUUCUAAGUCUGAGGAUUUUAGCACCUUACCAUGACAUUCUAAAUUCUGAUAUGGAGAAAGAACUUUUUAUUGCCCUUCUCUCUCUUCCCAGUUACCUGUUCCUCCCAAUACCUCCUUUCAGUCAAGGCAAAUAGAAGCUAUAACUAAUGAUAAAGGUAGCAAUUGCUGCAGGCAACCUCCAAGUAAGAAGGAAUAGGGAUGGUCAUCUUUCUUGUUAAAUGAUACUAAAUAUCUCCCGAACACUCAAGUUGAACCCUGCCCCUGCCCAAGUUUUAAAAUACCUAAGGGUCUUUGUUAUAAAGAUAAUCAAGAGUACAAGAGAAGUACUUAUGUUUAAAAAAAAAAUAGUAUGAAAAGAAAAACUCCAGGGAUACAAAUGAGAAUUUGGCUAAGAAAGCAAACAGCACAAGGGCAAUACAGGAAAAAAAAAAAAAGGAAAAAGAAAAAAAAAAG